GAGGGCGGGGCCUACAGGCUUGGCUCAGCUCCGGGGCGAGAAGGCUCCAUCCUCCUGCGGGAUGGACAGGACCAGGCUCUGAGGACCAGGAAGACCCUCCCAAAGGGGCUUGGCUGGAAGGCGGAAGUCUUGGAGCUGUGAUCUGGCUGCCUGCCCCUGGAUUCGUCCUCCUUUUCCUGGGGAGCUCCUAUCGCUUUGGCUUCUGGAAGCCAGAACUGUGCUAGCAGCUCUCAGGGAGCCCGGAGCCGGAGGGAAUGGGCUCUGGGAGCCUGAGACCUGCUCAGGUGAGUGCUGUCCUCCAGACCUGACCCCCAUCAGCCAUCACAGGUGUCUGGAGCCAUGGAGGGGGGUGUGAAGCUGGCACUGCCUGACUUGUGCUGUGCCUUUACCAAAGUCGGCAUCAGCUUGAGCACAGACUUGGUGACAUUCAGGGAUGUGACUGUGGACUUCACCCAGGAGGAGUGGGGCCUCUUGGACCCUCCUCAGAGGGAGUUGUACAAGGAGGUCAUGGUGGAGAAUGCCUGGAACCUGCUGUCCCUGGGGCUUCCAGUUCCCAGAGAUGAUGUGAUCUCUCAUGUUAAGCAAAUGCAAGCACCCUGGGUGCUGGACCAAGAAGGCCUGGGAAGCUGCUCUCUAGAAAGUGAGAUCACACUUGAAAUGAAAGAAAGUACUCACAAGCAAAACUUCACUUGGAGAGAAAUCUGUGCUACACGUGAGAAAAUACACAUUGGAGAAAAACCUUAUGAAUGUAACCAGUAUGGAAAGAGUUUUGAGAAUAGGCAAUCUCUUAUUCUACAUCAGAGUAUCCACAGUGAAGAAAAAUCUUAUGAAUGUAUCCAAUGUGGAAAGGCUUUCAGGAAUAAGGAGUAUCUUACCAUACAUCAGAGAAUCCACAGUGGAGCUUUUAAACAAAAAGGAGAUCUUACUGUACAUCGGAGAAUUCACAUUGGUAAGAAACCUUAUGAAUGUAAACAUUGUGCAAAGAGUUUUAGAAAAAGGAGAUCUCUUACUGCACAUCAGAGAAUCCACACCAGAGAGAAACCUUAUGAAUGUAACCAGUGUGGAAAGAUUUUCAGGAAUAAGAUGCAUCUUACCGUACAUCAAAGAAUCCACAUUGAGGAGAAACCUUACGAAUGUAACCAAUGUGGAAAAACUUAUAGAAGUAAGAAAGGUCUCAUUGGUCAUCAGAGAAUCCACACUGGAGAGAAACCUUAUGAAUGUAACCAAUGUGGAAAGACUUUUAGGUAUAAGAGAGAUCUUAGUCUACAUCAGAGAAUUCACUCUGCAGAGAAACCUUAUGAAUGUAAUCAAUGUGGAAAGGGUUUUAGACAUAAGCGAAGUCUUAUUAGACAUCAGAGAAUCCACACUGGAGAGAAACCUUAUGAAUGUAACCAAUGUGGAAAGUGUUUUAGGCAAAAAAGAGUUCUUACUAAACCUCAGAGAAUCCACACUGGAGAGAAACCUUAUGAAUGUAACCAAUGUGGAAAGGGUUUUACAGACAAUAGCUCACUUAUUCUACAUGAGAGAAUCCACACUGAAGAGAAACCUUAUGAAUGUAACCAGUGUGGAAAGACUUUCACCUAUAAGGAAUCAUUGAUUGUACAUAAGAGAAGCCACACUGGAGAGAAACCUUAUGAAUGUAACCAGUGUGAAAAGUGUUUUACAUGCAAAAAAUCUCUCACUUUUCAUCAGAGAAUCCACACUGGGGAGAAACCUUAUGAAUGUAACCAGUGUGAAAAGGGUUUUAGGCAAAAGGGAGUUCUUAUUAGACAUCAGAGAAGCCACACUGGGGAGAAACUGUAUGAAUGUAAUCAGUGUGGAAAGGCUUUCAGGUAUAAGGAAUCAUUUACUGCACAUCAGAGAAUCCACACUGGAGAGAAACCUUACAAAUGUAACCAGUGUGGAAAGGCUUUUAGAAAUAAAGGACAUCUUCAUAAACAUCAGAGAUUCCACACUGGAGAGAAACCUUAUGAAUGUAACCAAUGUGGAAAGGCUUUUACACAAAACGGAGGUCUUACUGUACAUCAGAGAAUCCACACUGGAAAGAAACUUUAUGAAUGUAAUUAAUAUGGAAAGUUUCAUAAAAAAACUUGAUUGGUUCUCACUAGAACUGUGAGGAGAUGCAUUAAAUAAGGAAGAAAUUGGAUUUGGUAGAGAUCACUGGGAGAAGAUGGUAGUGCUACUGCCUUCCAUAAUUAUCCUUCUAUCUUGAACCUUAUGGAGAGGAUGAGGAAGGGAAAGUAAAAGAUGACUAGGGAUAGGAGACAGCUUCAGAAAUAUAUGGGAUCCUUCUUUCCCACCUGGUGUAUUAGAAAGGCAGUACAGUGGGACUGAAAUAUCACUAGAUUGGGAUUUAGGACAAGAGUUGAAAUUCUGGGUUUUGUGGCUUUGUAAACGUAAUUUAACUCUACAGGUCUUCAUUUUAGAUUAGGCUUAGGAUCUCUUCCAGCUCUGUUUUGAGAACCCUUCUGGGUAUGUUUGGCAGUUUGGAGAGGCAGAAAGACAUGAGAAAUUCUAAAACUACAUCCUGUUGAAUUAGGAAACUUACACAUUCCUAAAUGAAUAAGUCCUCUGCAGUUAGUGCAAUAUGCAUAUGCUUUGUAAAUAAGAAGCUUUAAAAAAAAAAAAAAAAAGAAGUAUGUUUUCUGUCCAUCCCAUGUUCUUCUUGCCUGUGUCUCACAUAAGUUCAACAAAGAGAAUCCAUCCCACUUGCUAGUCAAGAUUAUCACUCUCUGAUGGCCUCAGUCCACUUCAAGAGCCAAGGGCCAACAGUAAUAAUCUCACAGAAACAGCCCAUGACUUCAGUUGUUCAGUUCUUCCAUCAGGUACUUUUAUAUAAAGAAAAACUUCAGUUCUGAUUCUUUCACAAUGUGAUUAAUAUGGAAUAAUGUGGACCAUGAUUGCAUAUGUAAAUUCUAUAUCACAUGGCUUGUCAUUUUGGGGAGCGGAGCUGGAGAGAGGAAGUCAAAUAAUUUGGAACUUGAAACUGUAUCAAGAUGAAAGUUAAAAAGUAGCUUUACUAGUAAAUGUUUAAAUAAAACACUAAAAUAAAAAUAAUUAGAGGCUGAUUAGGUACAAGAGCAAAUCAUAGGAAAAAUAAUUUCAUUCCAACAAUUACAGCAAUGAGAUAACAUACCAAAACUUUGUGGGAUGUAGCCUAAUGUCCUAGUGCACCCAUCCAAAUUCCUUCCAGACAUUUUGAAGUAGAUAGCCAAUGGGCAUCUCAAACUCACCAUAUUACCAACAAAACCUAUUACCUCUUCUCUGAAUACACCCUAUAUAUAGCCCAGUAAGAGAGCCAGGCUGACUCGAUCACCUUUCAUGCUCACUGUUACAGCUCCCGAUCACAUGACCUAAAAGCCCAAUGUGAAGGGUAUUUUGCCUUCAAGUCCGGUCUGCUUGUCAAGGGAGACCCAAAAGGGGCAAAGAUCCCAGUCCUAGUGGGAGAGCUCCGUGCAAUCCAAUCCCCAUUUACCACCGCAAGUAGUAACGGUAGUGCCCCGAUUUCCCCGCGAGCCAUUUGGGGCAAGUUCCUCAAAGAAUAAGAUCCAUCGCUUUGGCUUAAUGUGGGGCUGCCGGGGUAGCUGGAUAGUCUUUCUGCUGGGGAGGAAGAGGAGGGGAUGGGAGGCGGCUUUGGGAAAGAGGAGCUCUCAGAGGGGCGCAGCCUGGCAGGCGGUGGCCCAGGGGGAGUGUGAGCCCGGAGGCGGAGUUUGGGAGCCUGGGAGGGGUCUCGGG